GCAUGUUACAAUCAAUCUACAGAAAUGAUCAUACUCGCCCCAAAUUCCAGCCUUAAAUUCUUCAAGAAAGAAACGAAAGCCAAAUUGGACAAUCGACGAAACAGGGGAACUUGCCUUAAGUCAAUGGAUACAGAUACGCUUCCUUAAGGAAAAAUCAAAACCCACUACAGUUUCCUUUUGCCGCCCCUCCAUUAAUGAAGCGCCAAGCAAUGUCGAGCUCAUCAAUUCCCUUCUCCUCAUUUGCAAUUGUGGGUUUGAUCCUCCUCUUCGCCGCCGGACCCACUUCCGCCCGGAUUCAAAUCCCGGCGAACGAAUCCGUGCCGGCGGCUUUAGUGUUCGGCGAUUCAAUCGUCGAUACGGGGAACAACAACAAGAUCCUUACUUCCCCUGCUAGAUGCAACUUCCCGCCCUACGGCAGGGAUUUCUACGGCGGAGUUCCCACCGGACGAUUCUCCAACGGGAAAGUCCCGUCCGAUUUCCUAGUGGAAGAGCUUGGGAUUAAGGACACCCUGCCGGCGUACAAGGACCCGAACUUGACGCCGGAGGAUCUACUCACCGGCGUUUGCUUCGCUGCCGGCGGUGUCGGGUACGAUGACUUAUCGUCAAAAACCGCGUCGGUGCCGCCAUUGAGCGAACAGCUGAGAGAGUUCAAAGAGUACGCAAACAGGGUGAAAGCUAUGCUUGGAGAAGAAGCCACAGCCAAGUUCUUGGCCAAUAGCGUAGUUCUAAUUGUUCUGAGUAGCAACGACAUAGCCAACACUUACUUCAACUCUCGCCUGCGGGAGCUCCAGUACGACUUCCCUACUUACGCCGACAUUUUGGUCAAAACCGCAACGAAAUUCGUUAUGGAUUUGUAUACGGUCGGGUCCAGAAGAAUCGGAGUGUUUGGAGCGCCGCCGCUCGGGUGUAUUCCAUCUAGCAGGACGGUGGCAGGCGGGUUAGAGAGAAAGUGUAGUGACAAAUAUAAUCAGGCGUCGCAGUUUUUCAACUCAAAAUUAUCUGCGGGAUUGAAUUCUUUGAAGGGAAACUUGGACGCUUCUGCUAGAGUCGUCUACAUCGAUGUCUACAAUCCUCUCCUUGACGUCAUCAACAAUUAUCAAUCUUAUGGUUUCGAGGUGGCGAACAAAGGGUGCUGCGGGACAGGGACAAUCGAGGCAUCGGUGUCGUGCAACAAAUACAGCCCUUUCACUUGUCCCGAUGCUUCCAAAUAUGUAUUUUGGGACGGCUACCAUCCGUCGGAGAAGGCCUAUAAGCUUCUCGUCAGUCGGGUUCUUACCAAGUACGUGCCGGAACUAAUGUAGUAGUAGCACAGUCAGCCGACAGACUUCGCCGGCCGGAAUCAGGGGAAAGACUUUACUAUAUAAUAUAUAUGAUAUGGUAAUAUAUUGAAGACUGUGUAAAAUGAUUGAUUGGUCGGUCAAACUGUCGGACGAUUCCUUGUCAUGUGAUGAACCGGUGGUGAUGAUUGACUGACUGAAACAUAAAAAUGAGGGAAAGAGAAUUCUAUAUUGUUAAGUGGGCCGGAAAAUCAUGGACAUUGAAUAGGCUUUCUGUUAUUUUGCUAACUCUUGAUUGACUUGUGGGCUUGUGGUUUGAAAAAUAAAGAAAGACAAAUUCACUCA